AACAUUACAACGCGGGGCCUAGCCAUGCGGGGCCUUGCCUCCUGCCCUCGCCUGAUUGCAUUUGCUUUAAUUCUCUGCUAAAGUUUAAUUUGUCUUCACCUGGCUCACUAAUUUGAAACUUUGUUUCUUUGAAUUAUUUCUACAGUUUUUGUUAUCUUACCAAUGCCAAGCACACUUGAGCUGUACCGGUCUUUUUCAGAAGCAACCUGCCCACAACAAAGUGGAUUAUCAACGUGUGGAAAUGUCUGUCGGUCAAAUACUCUAAACGCGUGGUGAUGUUGACUCUAAAUGUGCAGGGAAAACCGGAAGAUCCGGAGGAAAAUCCACGCGACCACGGGGGAAUUGGUCUGAUGGAGCAAAGGCACUCAGCGCAGCUCGGUACAAGAAGGAAACGAUGCGACCAGGAUGUAAACAGCACGGAUCGUACUGGAAGUUUGAUACAGCGCCAGAGAACUCACACAGGAGAGAACCCCUUCAAGUGCACCGUGUGUGAGAAGGCAUUUGCAUGGUCAUCAGUUCUUCAGAGACACCAGAGAACACACACGGGAGAGAAACCCUUCAAGUGCACUAUGUGUGAGAAGGCAUUUACAGAGUCAUCACAUCUUAAAAAACACCAGAGAAUGCACACAGGAGAGAAACCUUUCAAGUGCACUGUGUGUGAGAAGGCAUUUACAGAGUCAUCACAUCUUAAAGAACACCAGAGAAUGCACACAGGAGAGAAACCCUUCAAGUGCAGUGUGUGUGAGAAGGCAUUUGCAAAGUCAUCAAAUCUUCAGAGCCACAAGAAAACACACACAGGAGAAAAACCCUUCAGGUGCCUUUUGUGCGAUAAAGCGUUUGCAAAGUUAUCAGAUCUUCAAAAACACCAGAGAACACACACAGGAGAGAAACCCUUCAAGUGCAGUGUGUGUGAGAAGGCAUUUGCACAGUCAUCGGUUCUUCAGAGCCACCAGAGAACACACACAGAAGAGAAACCCUUCAAGUGCAGUGUGUGUGAGAAGGCAUUUGCACAAUCAUCAAAUCUUCAGAGCCACAAGAGAACACACACAGGAGAAAAACCCUUCAAGUGCACUAUGUGUGAGAAGGCAUUUACAGAGUCAUCGCAUCUUAAAGAACACCAGAGAAUGCACACAGGAGAUAAACCCUUCAAGUGCAGUGUGUGCGAGAAGGCAUUUGCAACGUCAUCAGUUCUUCAGAGACACCAGAGAACACACACAGGAGAGAAACCCUUCAAGUGCACUAUGUGUGAGAAGGCAUUUACAGAGUCAUCAUCUCUUAAAAAACACCAGAGAAUGCACACAGGAGAGAAACCCUUCAAGUGCACUGUGUGUGAGAAGGCAUUUACAGAGUCAUCACAUCUUAAAGAACACCAGAGAAUGCACACAGGAGAGAAACCCUUCAAGUGCAGUGUCUGUGAGAAGGUAUUUGCAAAGUCAUCAACUCUUCACAGCCACCAGAGAACACACACUGGAGAGAAACCAUUCAGGUGCCUUUUGUGCGAUAAAGCGUUUGCAAAGUCAUCAGAUCUUCGAAACCACCAAAGAACACACACAGGAGAGAAACCCUUCAAGUGCAGUCUGUGUGAGAAGGCAUUUGCACAGUCAUCGGUUCUUCAGAGCCACCAGAGAACACACAAAGGAGAGAAACCCUUCAAAUGCACUAUGUGUGAGAAGGCAUUUACAGAGGCAUCACAUCUUAAAAAACACCAGAGAAUGCACACAGGAGAGAAACCUUUCAAGUGCACUGUGUGUGAGAAGGCAUUUACAGAGUCAUCACAUCUUAAAGAACACCGGAGAAUGCACACAGGAGAGAAACCCUUCAAGUGCAGUGUGUGUGAGAAGGCAUUUGCAAAGUCAUCAAAUCUUCAGAGCCACAAGGGAACACACACAGGAGAAAAACCCUUCAGGUGCCUUUUGUGCGAUAAAGCAUUUGCAAAGUCAUCAUAUCUUCAAAAACACCAAAGAACACACAUAGGAGAGAACCCCUUCAAGUGCCGUGUGUGUGAGAAGGCAUUUGCACAGUCAUCGGAUCUUCAGAGCCACCAGAGAACACACACAGAAGAGAAACCCUUCAAGUGCAGUGUGUGUGAGAAGGCAUUUGCACAGUCAUCAAAUCUUCAGAGGCACAAGACAACACACACAGGAGAAAAACCCUUAAAAUGCACUCUGUGCGGGAAGGCGUUUGCACUGUCAUCACAUCUUCAGAGCCACCAGAGAACACACACAGAAGAGAAACCCUUCAAGUGCAGUGUGUGUGAGAAGGCAUUUGCAAAGUCAUCGCUUCUUAAGAUACACGAGCGAACACACACAGGAGAAAAACCCUUCAAGUGCACUAUGUGUGAGAAGGCAUUUGCAGAGUCAUCAUCUCUUAAAAAACACCAGAGAAUGCACACAGGAGAGAAACCCUUCAAGUGCAGUGUGUGUGGGAAGGCAUUUUCAAGGUCAUCUGAUCUUAAAAGACACCAGACACCACACACAGGAGAUAAACCCUUCAAGUACACUCUGUGCAGGAAGGCCACGGAUCGUACUGGAAAUUUGACACGGCACCAGAGAACUCACACAGGAGAGAAACCCUUCAGGUGUAGUGUGUGUGGGAAGCCGUUUGCUGUGUCAUCACAUCUUCAAAGACACCAGAGAACGCACACAGGAGAGAAACCCUUCAAGUGCACUGUGUGCGGGAAGGCGUUUACACAGUCAUCACAUAUUAAAAAACACCAGAGAUCACACACAGGAGAGAAACCUUUCAACUGCAGUUUGUGUGAGAAGGCAUUUUCAACUUCAUUUAAUGUUAAAAUACACCAGAGAAUACACACAGGAGAGAAACCCUUCAAGUGCAGUGUGUGUGGGAAGGCAUUUUCAAUUUCAAUUCAUCUUAAAAUGCACCAGAGAACACACACAGGAGAGAAACCCUUCAGGUGCACUCUGUGCGGGAAGGCGUUUGCGCAGUCAUCAGGUCUUCAGAGACACCAGAGAACACACACAGGAGAGAAACCUUUCAAGUGCACUCCGUGUGAGAAGGCAUUUGCAUGGCCAUCAGUUCUUCAAAAACACCGGAGAACACACACUGGAGAGAAACCCUUCAGGUGUAGUGUGUGUGGGAAGGCAUAUUCAGAUUCAUCUGUUCUUAAAAAACACCAGAGAACACACACAGGGGAGAAACCCUUCAGCUGUAGUGUGUGUGGGAAGGCAUUUUCAGAUUCAUCCGCCCUUAAAAGACACCAGAGAACACACACAGGAGAGAAACCCUUCAGGUGCACUCUGUGCGGGAAGCCCUUUGCAGUGUCAUCACAUCUUAAAGAACACCAGAGAACGCACACAGGAGAGAAACCUUUCAAGUGCACUGUCUGUGAGAAGGCAUUUGCAUGGUCAUCAGAUCUUGAAAAACACCAAAGAACACACACAGGAGAAAAACCCUUCAAGUGCAGUGUGUGUAAGAAGGCAUUCGCACAGUCAUCAAAUCUUAAAAAACACCAUAGAACACACACAGGAGAGAAACAUUUCAAGUGCACUGUGUGUGAGAAGGCAUUUGCACAGUCAUCAAAUCUUAAAAAACACCAUAGAACACACACAGGAGAGAAACUUUUCAAGUGCACUGUGUGUGAGAAAGCAUUUGCACAGUCAUCAGUUCUUCAGAGUCACCAGAGAACACACACAGGAGAGAAACCCUUCAAGUGCACUGUGUGUGAGAAGGCAUUUGCAGAGUCAUCCCAUCUUAAAAUACAUCAGAGAACGCACACAGGAGAGAAACCCUUCAAGUGCACUGUCUGUGAGAAGGCAUUUGCAUGGUUAUCCGGUCUUCAGAUCCACCAGAGAACACACACAGGAGAGAAACCUUUCAAGUGCAGUUUGUGUGAAAAGACAUUUUCAAGUUCAUUUUGUUUUAAAAUGCACCAGAGAACACACACAGGAGAGAAACCCUUCAGGUGCACUCUGUGCGGGAAGCCCUUUGCAGAUUCAUCACAUCUUAAAAUACAUCAGAGAACGCACACAGGAGAGAAACCUUUCAAGUGCACUGUGUGUGAGAAGGAAUUUGCAUGGUCAUCAGGUUUUCAGAUCCACCAGAGAACGCACACAGGAGAGAAACAUUUCAAGUGCACUGUGUGUGAGAAGGCAUUUGCAUGGUCAUCAGGUCUUCAGAUCCACGAGAGAACACACACAGCAGAGAAACCUUUCAAGUGCAGUUUGUGUGGUAAGGUAUUUUCAGGUUCAUUGCCUCUUAAACGGCACCAGAGAACACACAUGGGAGAGGAACCCUUCAGGUGCCUCUUGUGCGAUAAAGCGUUUGCAAAGUCAUCAGAUCUUCAAAAACACCAAAGAACACACAGAGGAGAGAAACACUUCAAGUGCACUGUGUGUGGAAAGGUGUUCACACGGUCAUCAUAUCUUCAAAGGCACCAGAGAUCACACACAGGAGAGAAACCCUUCAAGUGCAGUGUGUGUGGGAAGGCAUUUUCAGAUGAAUCACAUCUUAAAAAACACCAUAGAACACACACCGGAGAGAAACCUUGCAAGUGCUGUGUGUGUGGGAAGGCAUUUUCAGAUUCAUCAAAUCUUAAAAUACACCAGAGAACACACACAGGAGUGAAACCCUUCAAAUGCAGUGUGUGUGGGAAGGCAUUUUCAUUUUCAUUUUAUCUUAAAAUACACCAGAGAACACACACAGGAGAGAAACCCUUCAGGUGCACUCUGUGCGGGAAGGAGUUUGCACAGUCAUCUUAUCUUAAAAAACACCAUAGAACACACACAGGGGAGAAACAUUUCAAGUGCACUGUGUGUGAGAAGGCAUUUUCACAGUCAUCAAAUCUUAAAAAACACCAUAGAACACACACAGGAGAGAAACAUUUCAAGUGCACUGUGUGUGAGAAGGCAUUUGCACAGUCAUCAGUUCUUCAGAGCCAUCAGAGAACACACACUGGAGAGAAACCCUUCAAGUGCAGUGUGUGUGGUAAGGCAUUUUCACAGUCAUCUUAUCUUAAAAAACACCAUAGAACACACACAGGAGAGAAACAUUUCAAGUGCACUGUGUGUGAGAAGGCAUUUGCACAGUCAUCAGUUCUUCAGAGCCAUCAGAGAACACACACUGGAGAGAAACCCUUCAAGUGCAGUGUGUGUGGUAAGGCAUUUUCACAACUGUGUAACACUCUGUGGAAGCACCAGAGAACUCACACAGGAGAGAACCCCUUCAGGUGUAGUGUGUGUGGGAAGUCAUUUUCAUAUUCAUCUGCUCUUAAAAACCACCAGAGAACACACACAGGAGAGAAACCCUUCCGGUGCACUCUGUGCGGGAAGCUGUUUGCAGUGUCAUCACAUCUUCAAAGACACCAGAGAACGCACACAAGAGAUAAACCCUUCAAGUGCAGUGUGUGUGGGAUGGCAUUUUCAAUUUCAAUUUAUCUUAAAAUACACCUGAGAACACACACAGGAGAGAACCCCUUCAGGUGCACUCAGUGCGGGAAGGUGUUUGCACAGUCAUCAUAUCUUUGUAGACACAAGAGAACACACACAGGAGAGAAACCCUUCAGGUGCACUCAGUGCGGGAAGGCGUUUGCACAGUCUGGAAGUUUGACACAGCACCAGAGAACUCACACAGGAGAGAACCCCUUCAAGUGCACCGUGUGUGAGAAGGCAUUUGCAUGGUCAUCAGUUCUUCAGACCCACCAGAGAACACACACGGGAGAGAAACCCUUCAAGUGCAGUGUGUGUGAGAAGGCAUUUGCACAGUCAUCAGUUCUUCAGAGACACCAGAGAACACACACAGGAGAGAAACCCUUCAAGUGCACUGUGUGUGAGAAGGCAUUUACAGAGUCAUCACAUCUUAAAAAACACCAGAGAAUGCACACAGGAGAGAAACCCUUCAAGUGCAGUGUGUGUGGGAAGGCAUUUUCAAGUUCAUCUGAUCUUAAAAGACACCAGACAUCACACACAGGAGAGAAAUCCUUCAAGUGCACUAUGUGUGAGAAGGCAUUUACAGAGUCAUCAAAUCUUCAUAGCCACCAGAGAACACACACAGGAGAAAAACCUUUCAAGUGCACUGUGUGCGGGAAGGCGUUUACACGGUCAUCACAUCUUAAACAACACCAGAGAACGCACACAGGAGAGAAACCCUUCAAGUGCACUAUGUGUGAGAAGGCAUUUACAGAGUCAUCAAAUCUUCAGAGCCACCAGAGAACACACACAGGAGAAAAACCUUUCAAGUGCACUGUGUGUGGGAGCGCAUUUACACGGUCAACAAAUCUUCACGACCACGAGAGAACACACACGGAAGAGAACCCUUUCAAGUGCAAUUUGUGUGGGAAGGUAUUUUCAGGUUCAUCUCUUAAACGACACCAGAGAACGCACACUGAAGAUAAAUCGUUCAGGUGCCUUUUGUGCAAUAAAACGUUUGCAAAGUCAUCAAAUCUUCAGAGCCACCAGAGAACACACACAGGAGAGAAACAUUUCAAGUGCACUGUGUGCGGAAAAACAUUCACACGGUCAUCAUAUCUUCACAACCACGAAAGAACACACACAGGAUCGAAACCCUUCAAGUGCACUCUGUGCAGGAAGGCGUUUGCCCUGUCAUCACAUCUUAAAAGACACCAGAGGACACACACAGGAGAGAAACCCUUCAACUGCACUCUGUGCGGGAAGGCGUUUGCACAAUACAUGUGUGUGCAGUGUCACCAGAGAACUCAAACAGGAGAGAAACCCUUCAAGUGCACUGUGUGUGAGAAGGCAUUUGCACGGUCAUCAAAACUUAAAAAACACCAGAGAACACACACGGGAGAGAAACCCUUCAAGUGCACUGUGUGUGGGAAGGCAUUUUCAGAUUCAUCACAUCUUAAAAAACACCAGAGAACACACACAGGAGAGAAACCCUUCAGGUGCACUCUGUGCGGGAAGGCUUUUGCACAGUCACCACAUCUUAAAAAACACCAGAGAACACACACAGGAGAGAAUCCUUACAAGUGCACUGUGUGCGGGUACGCGUUUUCACAGUCAUCUACUCUUGUAAUACACCAGAGAACACACACAGGAGAGAAACCCUUCAAGUGUAGUGUGUGUGGGAAGGCGUUUGUAUGGUCAUCACUGCUUCAAAGACACCAGAGAACACACACAGGAGAGAAACCCUUCAAGUGCACUCUGUGCGGGUACUCGUUUUCACAGUCAUCUGCUCUUGUAAUACACCAGAGAACACACACGGGAGAGAAACCCUUCAAGUGCAGUGUGUGUGGGAAGGCAUUUUCAGGUUCAUCUGCUCUUAAAAAGCACCAGAUAACACACACAGGAGCUAAACCAUUCAAGUGCACUCUGUGCGGGAAGGCGUUUGUAUCGUCAUCACAUCUUCAAAGACACCAGAGAACACACAGGCAUCAGAAGAUCCCCAAGGAGCUGAGAGAGAAACCCUUGAAGUGCACUGUGUGUGAGAAGGAAUUUGCAUGGUCAUCAAAUCUUAAAAGACACCAGAGAACUCACACAGGAGAGAAACCCUUCAAGUGCACUGUGUGUGAGAAGGCAUUUGCACAGUCAUCCUAUCUUACAAUACACCUGAGAACACACACGGGAGAUAAUCCCUUCAGGUGCACUUUGUGCUCGAAAACAUUUGCAGAUUCAUCACAUCUUAAAAUACACCAGAGGACACACACAGGAGAGAAACCCUUCAGGUGCCCAUUUUGCGGGAAGGCAUUUGCACAGUCAUCAGAUCUUCAGAGCCACCAGAGAACACACACGGGAGAGAAACCCUUCAGGUGCCCAUUGUGCGGGAAGGCAUUUGCAAAGUCGUCAGAUCUUCAGAGCCACCAGAGAACACACACGGGAGAGAAACCCUUCAAGUGCAGUGUGUGUGAGAAGGCAUUUUCACAGUCAUCAAAUCUUAAAAAACACCAGAGAACACACACAGGAGAGAAACCUUUCAAGUGCACUGUGUGUGAGAAGGCAUUUACAGAGUCAUCACCUCUGAGAAAACACCAGAGAACGCACACAGGAGAGAAACCCUUCAAGUGCAGUGUGUGUGGGAAGGCAUUUUCAAAUUCAUCUUAUCUUAAAAUACACCAGACAACACACACAGGAGAGAAACCUUUCAAGUGCACUGUGUGUGAGAAGGCAUUUGCACUGUCAUCAGUUCUUAAGGGCCACCAGAGAACACACACAGGAGAGAAACCUUUCAAGUGCACUGUGUGUGAGAAGGCAUUUACAGAGUCAUCACAUCUGAAAAACCACCAGAGAACGCACACAGGAGAGAAACCCUUCAAGUGCAGUGUGUGUGGGAAGGCAUUUUCAAGUUCAUCUUCUCUUAAAAUACACCAGACAACACACACAGGAGAGAAACCUUUCAAGUGCACUGUGUGUGAGAAGGCAUUUGCACAGUCAUCAGUUCUUCAGGGCCACCAGAGAACACACACAGGAGAGAGACCUUUCAAGUGCACUGUGUGUGAGAAGGCAUUUACAGAGUCAUCACAUCUGAAAAAACACCAGAGAACGCACACAGGAGAGAAACCCUUCAAGUGCAGUGUGUGUGGGAAGGCAUUUUCAAGUUCAUCUUCUCUUAAAAUACACCAGACAACACACACAGGAGGGAAAGCCUUCCUGUGCACUGUGUGCGGGAAGGCGUUUAAACGGUCAACAAGUCUUCAAAAGCACCAGAGACAACAUACUGGAGAGAAACGCUUCAAGUGCACUGUGUGUGAGAAGGCAUUUGGACGGUCAUCAGUUCUUAAGAGCCACCAGAAAACACACACAGGAAAGAAACCCUUCAAGUGCACUAUGUGCGGGAAGGAAUUUGCAUGGUCAUCAAAUCUUAAAAGACACCAGAGAAUUCACACAGGAGAGAAACCCUUCAAGUGCACUUUGUGUGAGAAGGCAUUUGCACAGUCAUCCUAUCUUACAAUACACCAGAGAACACACACGGGCGAUAAACCCUUCAGGUGCACUUUGUGCUCGAAAGCAUUUGCAGAUUCAUCACAUCUGAAAAUACACCAGAGAACACACACAGGAGAGAAACCCUUCAGGUGCCAAUUGUGCGGGAAGGCAUUUGCACAGUCAUCAGAUCUUCAGAGCCACCAGAGAACACACACGGGAGAGAAACCCUUCAGGUGCCCAUUGUGUGGGAAGGCAUUUGCACAGUCAUCAGAUCUUCAGAGCCAUCAGAGAACACACACGGGAGAGAAACCCUUCAAGUGCAGUGUGUGUGAGAAGGCAUUUGCAAAGUCAUCAAAUCUUAAAAAACACCAGAGAACACACACAGGAGAGAAACCUUUCAAGUGCACUGUGUGUGAGAAGGCAUUUGCACAGUCAUCAGUUCUUCAGGGCCACCAGAGAACACACACAGGAGAGAAACCCUUCAAGUGCACUGUGUGUGAGAAGGCAUUUACAGAGUCAUCACAUCUGAAAAAACACCAGAGAACGCACACAGGAGAGAAACCCUUUAAGUGCAGUGUGUGUGGGAAGGCAUUUUCAAGUUCAUUUUAUCUUAAAAUACACCAGACAACACACACUGGAGAGAAAGCCUUCCUGUGCACUGUGUGCGGGAAGGCAUUUACACGGUCAUCAAGUCUUCAAAAGCACCAGAGACAACAUACUGGAGAGAAACCCUUCAAGUGCACUGUGUGUGAGAAGGCAUUUGGACGGUCAUCAGUUCUUCAGAGCCACCAGAAAACACACACAGGAGAGAAACCCUUCAAGUGCACUGUGUGUGAGAAGGCAUUUGCAGAGUCAUCAAAUCUUAAAAUACACCAGAGAAUACACACAGGAGAUAAACCCUUCAAGUGUACUCUGUGCGGGAAGGCGUUUUCACAGUCACAACAUCUUCAUAGACACCAGAGAACACACAGGCAUCAGAAGAUCCCCAAGGAGUGUCGUCUGAAAUCGACUUGUGCUGCAAUGAGCCCAUCCCUCCUGAAAAAAGAACCAGAAGUAAAUUCCAGCUUGGACACUAUGAAAUGUAUCAAGGUGAAAUUUGAAGAGGCAAAGGUGAAAUGUGAAGAAGUGAUGGUGAAGAGCGAAGAAGUGAAGGUAAAAUGUGAAGAAGUGAUAGUGAAGAUCGACGAAGUGAAGGUCAAAUGUGAAGAGGUGAUGGUGAAGAGCGAAGAAGUGACUGUAAAAUGUGAAGAUGAAGAUUCAACUCCAAAAUUGGACCUUCCCAUCGAUGGAGGCAAUGUGAAGCAGGAGGAGAAUUCUGACUGUGAGGCAGAGCGAGGCAACUCCCAGCAGUUUGUGGAAGUAGAGGUGUGGGUGGACUUCUUAGACAAUACAAAGUCAAAUGGAGACCCGGUAGAUGUGUAAGCUUGAGACAAUGAAGUUCCAAUAGAUUAACCUUUGUCACAGGCCUUUAAUGAAAAUAAAGUGAAGUUGAACACUCAAUUCCUCGGUUCAACCUGCAGAGUAAGAGCGGCUAGUUUUUGCAAACCUGUGGGUUGGGUAGAUCUCUUACCUGGAACCAGAGCCAAUAAGCUCCAAAGCAUUCACAAUGUUUUCAUAUUAUUUAUGUGGUGCUUGCUUAAUCGCCUCAGCAACUCGGAGUUUUGCAUCAUCUCAUCACCAACAUUCGAAGAGCAUGUUGUAUAUAUGCCUUUUCCAAAAAAAUACAUUGAGUGAUUGCCUACUUUUUUUUGUAAUAAUUUUGAUUGGGAUGUAGCACUGGGGCACAGAAAGUGUGAGUCCCAUCCCCUGCCUCCUACCUUGCCACACAAAAGACAACUGGAGGAUAAUUACUCACAAGCCUGCUUGGGAAGUUAUAAAAUGUAAUAAAAAACGGCAAUCCUCAGUUGACUUCAAGAGAAGGCCGCCAUGAAGGAAACAACCCACAAAACAAACAUAAGACGGAAACAGCAGGAGUUACGAACCUCCCCCGGACAGCGAAAUCCACCCAAGGGCAGUUAAUACGAGCUGACUGGGGCUUUUAAAAUACAACAGUAAAGUUCGAAGCUUAGCUAUAUCUUCAACUUCAGGAUAUCAAAAUAUAACGGAUCCCUGUUGAUACAGAUGGGAAACAAAGGUUAAUAAAACCCUCGGAAUAUCUUUGGUAACAACUAUGGUAUAGCACAAAUCUUGGUGAAGCAUGAACCAAAUAAUAAUUAUGAAAGUAUUAGACCUAGGGUCAGUCAGAAGAGAUACAAUGCGUAAUGUCAAUCACACACGACCAAGAUAAUGUAUUCCACGGGAUCAGAGCCUGACCAACUGCCUUUGUCUUCCAGGAGCUAACAGCACAUGGUAGCAAUAAAUUAUGUAUGCAGGGUGGCGCCUCCCCCUAAUAUAUCCAAUACCACGCAUUAAUUCCAAACCGCGAUGUGAGUGCUGUGAACGCUGCUCAAAAGGUACUGUGAGUCGCUUGCCGAGUCAAAACUGUGGAAAGUUGUAUGGUACCAAGCUGUAAGAGGUGUAAAAAAAAUGUUUACUUCCAACCCGUGAUGAGAGGACGGAAAAUAUGACAACAGCAAGCACAGCCGUGCACAAUAGGUCACGACUGCAAAGGCCACAGCGCCCCUUUUUGAGUCUGAGGCAAAAAAAGUAACACUUCCAACUUCCAACCCGUGAUAGGAGCGUGGGGAACGCUGCCCAAAACCUUAACGGAAACAUGGCGGUAAUAAAGACAUCCGGAAAACAAACAGCCCAAGCAACAGAAAUAAGUAUUUUAUACCUGCGUGACUUUACCGAAAGAACCAAAGAGUAUAACUUGAUCUGUAGCUUGUCCUCUGUGCAGCACGAGUCGUACAGACAACUGGAAGAGGACUCUUGAAGAGGGGAGGGGGGGGGGAGACGACAGGCGUUGUCUGUCCAAGUCGCUCCACAGUCUACAAUGAUCAACAGUCUGGUGCCAACGGGGGUGACGCGCGGCAACCAGAGGAUGAGCUGCAAGCGGUGUCUGGCGACGAGAUCAUCGCGCACAUCGACGCAGACGGAGCUGGACCCAUCAUACCUGCCUGCAUGGGCACUGCCGAGAGCGUGACCAGCGUGCCGACUCGGCAACCACCCCAGCGGUGGAGAGAGACUGACGAAGCAGCCGAGAGCACCGUGUGUUCGACACACACGCCGACCCAGCACCCCUCCUGGGGACCUGAGGUGUUUUCGGUACAAGGAAUGGUGCACCUCGGAAGCCGCUAACUUAACAGUUAGCAAGAAGACAAUACACACCCACACACAUAACGCGCAUAUUGGUACUAAUUAUAUCGUUCCAAAAAGUUAUCUGUUUCGAAAAGGGUUGCCAUCCUAAGGUGGUGCGUUAACUAUUAGCUGAUCGUGAAUAGCAUUGUUCUGUCCAUUGAGUUACAUGAAUACGGUCGUUUAGAAGUAUUUUAUUGAUUCAUUUUCGUUAAUUUCAUAACCUUACCAGUGAAUUCAUUGAUGACACUAAACAUAAGCAUAUAUGUUACGAAUCUACACUCUCACAGGAAUACUAUUGUGUUGAGAUUAUUCUUUUGGUCACAGAAUCUUGCUCCGAAUUCAUUGAUCUCCCAUUUACCGAAAAAACUAAGAAUAUGAUAAGCAUCUGUUAGCCAAAAAGGCACACUAGCACGCACACGAUUGUUUCAGGACAUUUCGUUAAUUGCAUAAUCUUACCAAUGAAUUAAUUGACGUCUAAUUAUGCCAUUUUGCACAUGUCUUUUUUAGCACGUUUCAUAUGCAUAUUGUCAUAUUUUUUAAGGACUUUUCAUAUAGCCGUGUAUGGUUUCGCUACUCUGAGGAGUUAGCCGAUUGUUCUGUUAUUCAGUUUUAACAAACGUAACCAUUGAGGGUUAAUUGUACGGAACAAUGAGGACUACUUAAGGAGUACGGUGUUGACAACUCCAAUCAUAAGUGUUUGCAUUUUAGUGUGUUUAGAUAUUAAAGUUGCUUAACACGGAA